AGGAUUGAUUUCUAGUACCGCAAUAAUAGAUCAGUUACCCUAUUCGUUGAACUAGAUCGAGCCGCUCAACAGUAACAGCUAUGUUUGACCAGCUGCUGCAUAGUAAUUCAUAAUUUUGGCUUUUGUGCCACUCCACUAAAUGGAAUAGCAUCAAUAGCGCUUCUGGCUUACAUCGGAUCGAUCGCACAUGGCGCUGCCAACCAAAAUGAUCAAAUCGUUGUGUCUCGUCGUGAUUUUGAUCAGUGUUGGGCUCAUCCAUGGUCAUCCGAUUGUCCAUGGUGUGCUGCCACGUGAUCCGGCCCAGUUCAGCUUCGCCGUUUCCCUCCAGCGAGCGAUGGAAAAUGGAACGCUAGUGCACUUCUGUGGUGGCACCUAUUUGGGUCAGGGCUGGAUCCUGACCGCCAACCAUUGCAUCGUUGGAAGUGAUAAAAAUUCGUCAAUGUACGCUCAAGUCGGGGGACUAUCUUUGAUGGACAAGGUAUCUAUUUUGCGUCACAUUCGACAGGUGUUCAGUCAUCCGGACUACAAUCGUGUGACACUGGGUAGUGAUAUUGCACUACUACAAAUCGACUUCGAUGCUGCUCUUCAACAGUUAGACAAGUUGGUACGGAGUACCCUUUUAUUGCCACCCAAGGGUAAUCCUAACAGCAACAAUAUGACUGGUGUCAUUGUCCUUGGCGGAGAUGCCUUAAAUCUAGUCCUAAGCGACAACAGUCGCGAUGAUGCAGCGGAGGAGGAGGAGUGUCACAUAUUUGGAUACGGAUCGGAUUCUUUCUACGGUCCGACUAGCAACCGAUUACAAUAUGGACCGAUACGUCCGCUUUCGUUCAACCGGUGCGUGCAAAUGCUUGGACCCGUGGUUGCUCCUUCAACGCCUAACUCUGGAAUGUUUUGUGCGAUCGGCCUGACCGAUGCCUGUAGGGGAGAUUCCGGUGGCGGAUUGGUGUGCCGACGGAAGAUAUGGGGGCCCCUUGGCGGCGAGAAGAGACCCUACACCCUGCGGGGAAUCAUCUCGUAUGGAGCAGGCUGUGGGGCUCCAGCAUCACCCGGGGUCUACACCGAUGUGGGUUUCUAUCGGGCAUGGAUCGACGGUAUAAUACAUGCCUCUGACUUCCCGUCCUCAAAUGCUUAAUAUCACUCCUCAACGGGUUUGAGACGUAUACUAUUAUUCUUAGUCUUAAUCUAAAAUUUGGCACACUUUUGGUCAAUACAAGUUUCCCAAUCACUAGCAUGGGAC